AUGUUUGAAGUGAUAAAUUUUCUAUUUCUAUUAAACAAAAGUUAUUCCGAUUUACCGAAAUUUAUACUUAAGACUGAUCCACUUACGGGUAUGGGUGUGAAUGUUAAUGCUCAGAACACUUUAAGUCUCAUUCCUCUUGAUAAUUUUUUUGCUGCAUCACCACAAACAGAUGUUGGUCCGUAUGCCUUGGUAGCCACGAAGACACGUAAACUACCAGUCGGUACUAUGAUGGUACCUCGCCAAACAGUUCGAACACUAUCCUCUUAUAACAAUGAUAGUGCAUCAAGAUUAGUUGGUAAUGAUAUACGUAGUUACAUGUCUAGAAACGAACUCGAAAGAAGACUGAUUAAUUAG